AUGCGUUAUUCUCUUGCUAUGCUCGCCGGUCUGGCGGGCUCGUCCCUAGCCUACCCGGCUGAACUCACCAACGAGCGCCGUACUUUCGGCCUUGUUGCCGGUAUCCUCGGUAAUGUCGGUUCCGAGGUUGGUACCAUCCUCGACACUGUUCUGGGUGGUCACGGCCACGCCAGUGCCUCUGCCUCUGUCAGUGGCUCCGUUAGCUUGCUCGCUGGUCUGAGCGCUCGCGGUGCUGCUGCUCUUGAGGGUGGAGCUCUUGGAUGCAGCCACUCCACCAUCCAUGCUUCUGCUCGUAGUGAGUUGAAGACCUGGUUGCACAGCCAGACCCACAUCACUGGAUCUCUGAAGACCUCGCUCCUGCACUGGUGUGAGGGCUCCAUCGCCACUCUCGAUGCUGGUGUCAUUGCCGGUCUCGCUGUCUACAUCCCCACCUGUGCCGACCUCGCUGCCAAGGAGUCCCUUUAUGUUACUAUUGAGGGUAUCUUCUCGGCCUCCGAGCUUGAGGCUACCCUCGUUCUCAGCGCCUCUGCUCAGACUUCUCUCACUGCUUUCAUCUCCGCUCACGUCGACCUGGAUGUCGAUGUUAAGGCCGGUCUCCACCUCUGUGCUGGUGGUGGUAUUGUCGGUGGCUUGAGUGCCGACAUCAAGGCUUCCCUUCUCGCCUGGGUUCAGGGCGGCGACUGUGCUCUCAGCGCUACCCUGAAGGCUUCCGUUCUUGCUUGGAUUAAGGGCGAGGCUGGUGCUGAUCUCGUUGCCGUUGGCUCUGUUUCUACCGAUGCUCUUACUUCUAUCUCCGUCGGUGCCUCCGUUGAGGUUCUCGUCGAGGAGUCUGGUGUUCUCUCUACCGCUGCCCUUGCCUCCAUCGCUGCUUUCCUCGAGGCUGAUGUCUCGGCUGAGAUUGAUGUUGACGUCCGUGCUGGUCUUAAGGCCUGUGCCGAGGGCAAGCUUGCUACUGGUAUCAGCGCUGAUCUCCGUACUUCCCUGGCUGUCUGGCUUUCCGGCUCUGACUGCACUCUCGGUGUUGAACUCAAGGCCGUUAUCCUGCUCUGGUUGUCCGUUGCCGUUACUGCUGAGGCUUCCGUCGAUGUUGUCACUGGUCUCGUCACUGAUAUCACCUCUUUCCUGACUGAGGAGGUUAUUGCUGUUCUGAGCGUCAACCUCCGUGGUGCCCUUGCCCUCCUCGAGGCUGGCGAGAGCCUGACUCUGCUUUCCUGGGAGGCCCGUUCUGAGCUCGCUGCCUUCCUCGGUGGCUGCACCAGCGUUGACAUCAGCGUUUCCAUUGAGGUCAUCAUCACUGAGUGGUUCACUGGCUGCAGCGUCUCCGGCUCCGGCUCCGGCUCUUCUCCCUCUGGCUCUGCCUCGGUGCCCAGCAUUCCUUCCGCCACUGUCUCCAUCCUGCCCAGCAGCCCCGCCGGCUCUGGCUCCGUUCCCUCCGGCGCUGCUCCCUCCGGCGCUGCUCCCUCCGGUGCUGCUCCCUCCGGUGCUGCUCCCUCCGGUGCUGCUCCCUCCGGUGCUGCUCCCUCCGGUGCUGCUCCCUCCGGUGCUUCGCCCACUGGCUCUGGUGCUGCUCCCUCUGGUGCUGCUCCCUCCGGCUCUGCUCCCUCUGGCGCUGCUCCCUCCGGCUCUGCUCCCUCCGGCUCUGCUCCCUCUGGCGCUGCUCCCUCUGGCGCUGCUCCCUCCGGCUCUGCUCCCUCUGGCGCUGCUCCCUCUGGUGCUUCGCCCACUGGCUCUGGUGCUGCUCCCUCUGGUGCUGCUCCCUCCGGCUCUGCUCCCUCCGGCUCUGCUCCCUCCGGCUCUGCUCCCUCCGGCUCUGCUCCCUCCGGUGCUGCUCCCUCUGGCGCUGCUCCCUCCGGUGCUGCUCCCUCCGGCUCUGCUCCCUCUGGCGCUGCUCCCUCCGGUGCUGCUCCUUCCGGUGCUUCGCCCACUGGCUCUGGUGCUGCUCCUUCCGGUGCUGCUCCCUCCGGCUCUGCUCCCUCUGGCGCUGCUCCCUCCGGUGCUGCUCCCUCCGGCUCUCCUAGCUCUGGCUCUGGAUCUACCGGUACUGGCUCCACUGGCUCCGGCUCUGGAUCUACUAGCUCUGGCUCCGGCUCUACUGGCUCUGGCUCUACUGGCUCUGGCUCCACUGGCUCUGGCUCCGGCUCUACUGGCUCCGGCUCCACUGGCUCCGGCUCUACUGGCUCUGGCUCCACUGGCUCCGGCUCUACUGGCUCUGGCUCCACUGGCUCCGGCUCUACUGGCUCUGGCUCCACUGGCUCCGGCUCUACUGGCUCUGGCUCCACUGGCUCCGGCUCCACUGGCUCUGGCUCUGGAUCUACUGGCUCCGGCUCCGGCUCCGGCUCUAUCCCCUCCGGCUCUGCCUCUGGCUCUGUGCCCUCUGGCGCUGCCGCCACUGGCUCCGCUGGCACUGGUACCGUCCCUGCCGGUCCCGCCCCGACUGAGACUGCUGCUAUGAGCACCCCCUGCGCUGGCGGAGCCGGUGCUGGUGAGACUGAGACCAUCAGCUACAGCACUGCCUUCACCGAGACCAUCCUCGGCACUGGCAGCGUUGGUUACACCGAGACCAUUUACUACAGCACUGCCUACACUGAGACCAUCCACUACACCGAGACCGUCUCUGCUCCUGCCGUCACUGCUGCUCCCUCCGGCGUCUCCCCCGUGGGCUCCGGUGCCAUCACCACUGUGUACGUUACUCAGACCGCCACCGUCUGCGGAUGCGAGUAA